AUGGAGGCUCUGGCUUCUCCUCCUGCGCAGGCGUGUUCCGCCUCCGCGCACUCCUCGCUCCGCGCGUCGUCCCCCUUCCUCGGCGGAGGCGGACUGCGCAAUGCGGCUUCGCUGCUACCGCUCCGCUCCGCGGGUCUCGUAAAGAAGUCGCUAUGUCGACCAUCUCACGCUGUCGCUGCUGCUGAUAAUAACCAACGGCCGUCCGCAAUUCGCGCUGGUAGCAAUGCGCCGGACGAUGCGGCGGCAGAUGCGCUGUGCCGGCGGCAAGUUCUCGGAGCGCUGGCGAUCGCGCCGACUCUGCUGAUGGCACCGCGAAUGGCGGUCGCGGAGGAAGCAGCGGUGGCGGUGACGGGAGAAGAAGUCGCUGCGGGAUCGCCGGCGGGAUCCGCGGCGGGGGACGCGCCGCGAGUGACGGAGAAGGUGUUUCUCGAUAUUGCCGUGGACGGCGCGCCUGUGGGGCGGCUGGUGAUAGGCGUUUACGGCAAGGCCGCGCCAGUGGGAGCGGCUCGCUUUGCGCAGCUAGCCAAGGGCGUGGCGGGCGUGUCGUACCGGCGCAAGGACUUCCUCCGCCUCACCGACUCCUACGUGCAGGGCGGCGCGCUGCGCUCCUUCUCCCUCACCGGCUCUGCUGCUGAUCCUGCUGCUUUUGUCGGCGGCUUGGACGCGGAUGCCGUCGCACAGGAGCUGCAACAGCUGCAGAUAGCAAAGCGCGGGCCAGUCUACAACAAAGCCUACUCCGUCGCCCUUUUCGCCGUCGACCCAACCAUCCCCCCUCCGAAGCAAAAGCUGGUGGCACGAGGGGGAAAGUUUGAGAUGGUGGAAGAGGCGUUGAAACCGGCCCCCAACGGCACCGAGUUUGCUGUCUCCUUUACAGACUGCCCCGAGUUAGACUCUACGCAUCUGGUGGUGGGACGGGUGCUGGAUGGGUUUGGAGUCUUGGAGAAGGUUAGAGAGGUGCCGUUUGUGCGGGACGGCACUGAUAACGGAUUUUUCAAAGCUGCAAAAUUGAUAGGAGAUACCAGGGCUACAGUAGCAGAGAGGGGGUUUUAUCGCCCGUACAAAAAGAUUACCAUCACCAAGUCAGUUUCAUCCCCUUCCUCCCACCAUACUUGUUACGAGUACCCUUCGAAACGGCUUCAUUUUGGCAACUCCUCUCACCCUCCGUCAUCCCAUGCUGAUCCCUCCCUCUCACCCUACCCCUCCUCCGUCUACCUAUCAUCUGCCACUGACGCUGCAUCUACCUUCCCCAGUAGCACCUUCUACAACUCAAACGCCACAGGGCUAGGCUCUGGAGCAGAAGUGUUCUACUCCACAUCCCAGCAGCAGCAGCAGCAGCAGCAGGAAGAGCAGGAGCAGGCGCUAUACCCGGUCAGGCCAGGGGAGAAAGAGUGUGCCUACUACAUGCGACAUGGCAAGUGCAGUUUCGGCGCCACGUGUCGUUUCCACCACCCUCCUCGCUCCUCCUCCUCCUCCGCCGCCGCUCCUUCCCCCUCUUCCGCCCCCUCCGCCCCCUCCGCCCCCUCCGGCCCCUCCGGCCCCUCCUGCCCGUCUGCCCCGUUCGCCCCAUCCGCCUCUGCUGCUUACCCGAACGCGUCUGCCUCUGCUACAGCGGCGGUGGCAGCGGCAACAGCAGCAAUGGUAGCAGCAGCAGGCACCGCAGCAGCAGGGGGUGUGUAUCCCAGUGGUGGUUAUUCUCACUCCUAUCUCGAGGCGACUAGGGAUUCUGCGGGCAUGUUGGGAGUGCGGCCUGUAGCGGCAUUCAGAGCAGGAGGAGGAGGAGGAGGAGGAGCAGGUAUAGGGGGUCUUCUCACCAGUGAUUCUGCCCUGAUAUCGUCCAAGGAACAUUGUCCAAAUAAAACGGAACCACCCCUGAUCCUCAUUUGCCUCUGCUCCUCCCCCCUCCUCCUCCCCCUCUUUCCCCCCUCCCCACCCUCCCCCUCUCUCUCCCUAUCCGUUCGGUCCUCUUUCCCGCCUCCUCCACCCUCCCCCCCGUCUUCCCUCCCCAUUCCCCCUGCUGCUUUGUGCAAGCGUGCUGUGUGCGUCCAUUCCGCGUGUUGCUCUGCCGUCCCCCCUUCCCUCCGUCCCUGCACCCCUGUGUCCUGCCUGCCUGCCUGCAUUGCAUCCCUCCUUCCAAUCGCAGUUUUACAUGAAAACUGGGACAUGCAAGGCGAGACAGACUGUGCUUUCUACCUGAAGAAUGGAAGAUGCAAGUUCGGCCGGAACUGCCGCUGCAAGUUCAGUCCAAACUGCCGGUUCAACCAUCCAGAGCCAUCCGCUCUCACGUCACCUGCUGCAGCGGCCUCUUCUCUUAUAUCUCAAAAAUCUCUUCCCUCCCCGUUUUCUUUCCCCACUCCUCCUCCCCUCCGCAGCUGCAAGUUCAGUCAGAACUGCCGGUUCAACCAUCCAGAGCCAUCGGCCCUCACGUCACCGGCUGCAGCAGCCAACGCGGUGGCCUCUGCCCGCCCCUCUGCUCCUGCUCUCUUCCGUAAGUGCCGGCUCCCCAGUGCAAUCACCGUUUCUGCUCCCACAAAGGGUGAGCUAUCCUGCGAUCUUGCACUGCACCUUGUGCUAUCUUGCACCUUGUGCUAUCUUGCACCUUGUGCUGCUCCCUGCACCAUGCUUCUCGUCCCCUCUGCUCCUCUUCUUCUUCCAAUCCUCUCUGCAUACUUCCCCACUGAUCUUCGUUCUGCUCACACUCUUCCAUUUCCAUUGUUGAGGCAUGAAGCAGUGUCAUGUGCCUUCUAUAUUAAGACUGGCACCUGCAAAUACGGGGUGACUUGUAAGUUUGACCACCCCCCUCCCGGAGAGGUGGCAGCCAAAGCUGCUGCCGAAGCUGCCGCUGCUGCAAUUGUAACUGCGGCAGACAAUAGCGGGACGGUAAAAGAACAGGGAGAGGAGGUGAAGGAGACAGAGAAGGGUAUUGAGGCGGAGGGCGAGCAGAAGGAGCAGGGUGUUUCGGAAAACCAGGAUAAGGCUGACAAAGAAGAAUUGGAAGUUGAGCGAUAG